AUGAGCGAACCGUCAGACCGCCAGUCUCCCGAGCUCUCAGAGCAGGAGAUGCGCGCCCAGCUUGAAGAUUUGAUCGCCCGCGCCGCUGCGAAAGAUGCGACCAAAGACCACGACGCUGCUUCUGAACUCUACUCCCAAGCCACCGAGAUUCAGGCUGAACUGAACGGUGAACUUUCACCCGAGAACGCUGAUCUGCUCUAUGCCUACGGAAAGUCCCUCUAUAAUGUCGCAGUGAGCAAGAGCGACGUUCUUGGCUCUAAGGUGGCCGGCGAACCAGAGUCAGGCACCACAUCCUCCACAAACAACGCUUCCACUACCUCAAAAUCGACGAGCGCAACGAGUGCGACGAGCGGUGGCCUGGUGAAAGACGCAAUUGCCAGUUCUGCGCAACCACCAUCCGCGAAGCCCACAAAGAAAGAGUCAGAACCCACAUCCUCCAAGCCUUUGUUCCAAUUCACUGGCGAUGAGAACUUCGUUGACUCUGAGUCUGAGGACGAAGAGGCCGGCGAGCAGGGCGAAGAAGAGGACGACGAUGAUGACUUUGCCAAUGCUUUCGAAGUCUUGGAUCUGGCGCGUGUUCUUUAUCUCAAAAAGAUGGAGGCAGCUGAAGAAACCGACAGCACCAAAGGGAAAUCUACUACACUGUCUACCGAGACGAAGCAGCUCAUGGAGCGCCUGGCAGAUACGCAUGAUCUGCAAGCCGAAAUCUCACUGGAGGCAGAGCGAUUCCACGAUGCGGUUGCGGAUCUGAAGACUGUCCUUGAAUUACGAAACUCGCUAUACCCCCCUGAGGACUCCUCAGUUGCCGAGUGCCAUUUCAAGCUUUCCCUUGCCUUGGAAUUCGCAUCCGUUCAACAUGGCGACGAAGAAAAGGGCGAGAAGCCCACAAUUGACGAAGAAAUGCGAAAGGAAUCUGCGAAGGAGAUGGAACGCGCUAUUGAGAGCUGCAGGGUCCGGAUGGCUCAAGAGGAGAAGAAGCUUGAAGCUGAAAAGGAGGAGGAUGAGGACAAAGCGAAUGCGACAAAAAGGAAGAUUGCCAACGUCAAGGAAAUUGUCACCGACAUGGAGCAGAGACUGAUUGACCUGCGCCAGCCACCCGCCUCAAUCGAAGAAAACGACCAGGCCAACGAGGCUGUGCUCAAGGGAGUUCUGGGAUCAAUCAUGGGCCAGUCCGCAUCAGACCAGAAGGCCCAGCUUGAUGCGGCCAGCAAGGGAGCCACAGAUCUUUCUGCCUUCGUAAAGCGCAAGCCUGCAAAGCAGCCAGCCCCUGCUGAGACAUCUUCAAAGCGACCGGCCGAGGAGCCUGCCACAGAGAAUGGUUCAAAGAGAACCCGCGUCGAUGAUGCUUCCUCGUGA